AUGCUACAAGCGCGCAAGGCGCCAGCGCGCAAGGCGCCAGCGCGCAAGGCGCCAGCGCGCAAGGCGCCAGCGCGCAAGGCGCCAGCGCGCAAGGCGCCAGCGCGCAAGGCGCCAGCGCGCAAGGCGCCAGCGCGCAAGGCGCCAGCGCCCAAGGCGCCAGCGCCCAAGGCGCCAGCGCGCAAGGCGCCAGCGCGCAAGGCGCCAGCGCGCAAGGCGCCAGCGCGCAAGGCGCCAGCGCGCAAGGCGCCAGCGCGUUGGGCGCCAGUGCGUUGGGCGCCAGCGCGCAGGGCGCCAGCGCGCAAGGCGCCAGCGCCCAAGGCGCCAGCGCCCAAGGCGCCAGCGCGCAAGGCGCCAGCGCCCAAGGCGCCAGCGCGCAAGGCGCCAGCGCGCAAGGCGCCAGCGCCCAAGGCGCCAGCGCGCAAGGCGCCAGCGCGCAAGGCGCCAGCGCGUUGGGCGCCAGCGCGUUGGGCGCCAGCGCGUUGGGCGCCAGCGCGUUGGGCGCCAGCGCGCAGGGCGCCAGCGCGCAGGGCGCCAGCGCGCAAGGCGCCAGCGCGCAAGGCGCCAGCGCCGCCAGCGCCCAAGGCGCCAGCGCGCAAGGCGCCAGCGCGCAAGGCGCCAGCGCCCAAGGCGCCAGCGCGCAAGGCGCCAGCGCGCAAGGCGCCAGCGCGCAAGGCGCCAGCGCGCAAGGCGCCAGCGCGCAAGGCGCCAGCGCGUUGGGCGCCAGCGCGUUGGGCGCCAGCGCGUUGGGCGCCAGCGCGCAGGGCGCCAGCGCGCAGGGCGCCAGCACGCAAGGCGCCAGCGCCCAAGGCGCCAGCGCCCAAGGCGCCAGCGCGCAAGGCGCCAGCGCGCAAGGCGCCAGCGCCCAAGGCGCCAGCGCGCAAGGCGCCAGCGCCCAAGGCGCCAGCGCGCAAGGCGCCAGCGCGCAAGGCGCCAGCGCGCAAGGCGCCAGCGCCCAAGGCGCCAGCGCCCAAGGCGCCAGCGCGCAAGGCGCCAGCGCGCAAGGCGCCAGCGCCCAAGGCGCCAGCGCGCAAGGCGCCAGCGCCCAAGGCGCCAGCGCCCAAGGCGCCAGCGCCCAAGGCGCCAGCGCCGCCAGGCGCCAGCGCGCAAGGCGCCAGCGCCCAAGGCGCCAGCGCCCAAGGCGCCAGCGCGCAAGGCGCCAGCGCGCAAGGCGCCAGCGCGCAAGGCGCCAGCGCCCAAGGCGCCAGCGCCCAAGGCGCCAGCGCGCAAGGCGCCAGCGCGCAAGGCGCCAGCGCGCAAGGCGCCAGCGCGUUAGGCGCCAGCGCGUUAGGCGCCAGCGCGCAGGGCGCCAGCGCGCAGGGCGCCAGCGCACAGGGCCCCAGCGCGCAGGGCGCUAGCGCAAUACUAAAGAGGAAACCAAUGGGAGCACAAUGCUAA